AUGGAUCGUAUUAAGGAGAAGCUGAACUCGCUCCGCGUGGAGGCCGACACUGCUCUUGAGCGUGCCGAGACUGCCGAGCAGAAGAACAAGGAGCUCGAGCAGGACAAUCUGUCCAAGGAGCAGGAGAUUGCGAGCCUGCAGCACAAGCUUUCGAUCCUCGAGGGCGACCUUGAGUCUGCCGAGUCGAAGCUGUCCGAGGCCAAGGUCGGCAAGGAGGAGGGCGAGAGCCACAAGUCCAACGUGGACAUCCUUCAGCGCCGUAUCGACAUGCUGGAGGAGCAGCUCGACGCCGCCGAGAAGAACCUCAAGGAGACCACCGAGCACAGGCUCCGCCAGACCGACGUGCGUGCCGAGCAGCUCGAGCGCCAGAUCCAGGGUGCCGAGCAGGAGCGCGACCAAUGGGAGCAGAAGUACGAAGAGGCCCAGGAGAAGUACCAGGAGUCGAAGAGGGAGCUCGACGAGGUGGUGCAGCAGAUGGAGAGCCUCUAA